GAUUCCUCUCUCCCUCCCUCUCCCUUUCUUUUUCCACCCCUCCCGCCUUCAGCACAGACCCAAGACGCAGGAUCCCGCCGAGGGAAAGCGGCUCCUUGAAACCAUCACCGCAGCCCGUGCUGCUAAGGAGGGAGAGGAAAACCUCCGCACCGCCUCCUGCAGCGGGGGGCUUCGCGGCGGGGCGAUGGCUUUGGGCUCCCGGAGGUCAUCUCUCACCUUUGCCUGGGGUGUGGGACCCGUCUUCUUCAUCCUUCAGAUCAUCUCCGUUCGGGCUGAUGGGAAAGUGUUUGCACUUGAGUCCAAGAACAACUCUCAGGGUCUGGAUUUAGCUGAAGCUGAGAAAGCCUGUGUUGACCUGAGUGCUCGCUUAGCAACUGCAGAAGAACUGAAAAGGGCUGUCCUGGACUGUUCCUUCAUUGGCUGCACCACAGGAUGGCUGGCUGAUGGCACCGCUGGGACAAUAAUAUGCAGAAAGACGGGCAGCAAACAACAGAGCGUGAAAGCCAUUGAUGUUAAAAUUGAAACCGAUCCCUUUGUGAAUGACCAAUAUGAUGCUUUUUGUGUAAAGGAUGAAGACAAGCCGUGUGGAGACCCUCCAUCCUUCCCUCACACCAUCCUGCAUGGCCACACUGGCUUUGAAAUGGGGGAUGAGCUGCUGUACGUUUGUGCCCAGGGGUACGUCAUGGGCAACAAGGAGACGGCGUUCACACUGCUCUGCGACAGCUGCGGGGAGUGGUAUGGGCAGGUACAAGCCUGUGUCAAAGAUGAAACUGAGGCACAUAUUGACUAUGAAGAUAAUUUUCCUGAUGACAGAUCAAUACCUAUUGCUGAGAAUGAACAUGCCAAUGGCAAAGAGGAAAUCAAGCAGGAACAAGAACAGCUUUCCUUCAGUAAAAAGUCAGAGGGAGGAAGAACUGGAAGUACCAAAGGGGUUACUCAGGACAUAGAUACUUCUGAAAAAGGAAGUAGGGCACCAACUGAAUCCCCCAUUUCUCUCCUAAGCCAAAAAAACUUGUUUUGGUUUCCGUCAGAGGCUUUCAGUGAGCCUGAAUCAGAGAAAGAGACAGACGAUUCCACUAAAGUACAGUUUUCUGAGGGUGAUAACCACAUUGGAGUGAAGACAGUCUAUGACGAACCUGGUGCCAAAAUGUUUUACGACAGUGAGGAUUUCCCCAUUGGACCCAUUCUUACAACUAAUGAUACAAAGGAAGAGAUAGAUACAGUUCCUAUUACUGACGAGUCAUGGUUAGAUGGCUAUCCAGUAACACAAGAAGUAGUAGAGGAUGAUGAAGAGGGGGAUAAAGUUGAUGGAUCGAUGGGAACAGAGGAAGACAUUGUCCUCACAACCGACCAACCAAAUCAUGUUGAAGUCAGAAAACUGGGCAACGGUAGCCCUGCUCCAGAGGAAGGUUUAACACAGAUUGUGGCAGCAACAACGAUUAUGGAUGAUGAGAGGGUCAAAGAGAUACCAGUACCAUUUACAUCAGUGAGUGGUCUGGAGGACUUAAGUGUGAGCAGAGGUUAUGAUGAUGCUGCAUGGGACCACCCAACUACAGCUCUGGAAACUGUGACUCAGGAGCCCAGUACAACAUUGCUGUUGGACAUAACCAGCUUAAGAACUUCCCUGUCCGAAACCUCUGUGAUGGCCAGCCCCUUUGAUCACACUACUGAGGAAGAAGCAAAAGGAACAACAGCCUACCCAGCACAAGUAGCAACCACUGCACCGGCUCCAGAUAUCCUUACUGACACAUCAUCCCCAGAAUUAGAUGAGCAAGAAAAUCUCACCCAGGGCCUUGGAGAAAAGCCAGUCUCCACUGCUGAACCUUGUGAGGGAGAGGAUUGUCCCAAGUCAAGUAAAGGUGCUGUCAUAGCAGUAAUCGUGAUUCUUCUGUGCUUGUUACUGGUUGCAGCUGUACUGGCUGUGUGGUUUUUCAAAAAACGGCAGCAGAAAAAUUCUGUCUAUAAACUAAAUGGAAGGUGUCAGCCCCGGCAUCACUGUUACCACCACUACCAUCACCAACACAUUGAAAUGCAGAAAGUCUAACCAAGGGUCUUCUGGGAGAAAAACUAGAUAUCAGAAGAACCUACUGAAGCUAGAAGGAUCACAUGACUCAUGGAUACUAAAAUCCAGCAGUGCAGAAAGCAGAAGAAAAAAAAAUUCUAAAAGAACACAGAAGACAGAAGAGACUUCAUCUGUUUGAAAUUGCAGUUUAGCAUAUCUGACCUUUCAGAAUUAAAGAAUCUGUAUGUUUUUAUCAAAAGGUCUUUUGGAGACAUCAGCAGGACACAGUGUGCUUGCUAGGACAUCUGCAGUUUGUUCUGCUUUUACAUUUUGCUCCUAUUAAUAAUAAAUUAAUUGAUUAAUUUCUGUGCUACCUGAUUAUAAUCUAAUGGCAGGGCUAGUCAGGCCUUCUUGGACUACUCUCAGUGGAACAGGGAAAGAAGGAGGGGAGGAGGGGAGAAGGAUGUUUUUGGAGUAACCGCACAUUUGGUGUUUGUUCCUUUUUUGAGAACCUGACCAAGCUGGUCAGGAUAAACCACCGUAACAAAUUAUUGCCUGACGUGUCUUAAAAAGAAAAACUAUUUGCUAUCAUACUUUAAUGGAUAGUAUUGCAAUGAUUACUAAGGUACUUUUCUUCAAUGUUAUGAAUUUAACAAGCCAAAAACCAUUAAGGUAUUUUUGUGGAAGGUGCUCUUUUAGCCUUAGUGAAGAAGUGCCAUUCUUAUACUAAUCUUUUUAUAGAAUCGAUGAUGCCUCCCUGGAAUUCAGAGAAUACUGUAUGGGCCAUUCUUCCUUUAAUAUCAGCAGAAGUGAACUCAGAGCACUGUUGAUUUCAGGUGUUACGAUGAAUAGCCUCGUAUUACAGAGCAGAUGGUGAUGAAGCACUUUGCAGGGGAACCCAAUCUGAAGUCAGUCACUUUUCUGAACAUGAUAGUGACUGACCAAGAUACUGAAUUUUAAUUCAAAGCCAGUAGUACGACUGGCAGCCGAAGCCAUGUUUCAUAUUUCUGCCAUAUGAACUCUGUGCAAUGACUGAUUUUCACCAUUCUGCUCUUUCAUCAGCUGAAGAAGUGUCUGGAGGGGACAAAGGCUGGCCAUUGGGGAUGGGUAUUCAUACUGAAUACUGCUUUUUGUGGUCUUAAAGGUAAAGUGAACUUAGUGAAGAGAGAAAUUACAUCCAGUUGAUAAAAAGCAAAAACUUGACUCUUAAACUGGCUGUUAGUAUACAAACACAGAGGUCUUUUCAACAGCAUGUUCCAUUUCAAACGGUUUUGAAAAUAACCAUGGGGAGGAGAGAAAUAUGUUUUCUAUAACCCCUUAAGAUAGUUCUAGUGUGUUUACUAUGAAGUACUUCCUUACCUUUCUGAAUGAACAGGAAAAAGCCUGGCAACUGUGAAUAAUCUCCAGGUCCUAAGUGAAUGCAUCUGCCGUUCUACUGCACAACCCUAGCCAAAAUGCUCAAGAAGUUCAACACAGCAAAAUACUGGAGUAAGGAAAGGUGACCUGGCAGAGUUCAUCUACUUUCAUGAUCCGUUUUGAGUCACAGUGGUAAUCAUCUCUAACUCCAUGGAAAGUAGACUUUGUGAAAUGGAGGGCAGCAUUUGGCCAGUCACAAAUAUAGCCAUCAAUCCCAAUGCUGGUAAGGAAAGCAAAGAUUUUAAAAGAACAAAUUUAAGUUUUCUUGGAGAAUUUGACCAGAGUGGUAAGAGCUGAAUCUAAUUGCCUGGCAAAAGCCACAGUAAACAAAGAACAGCAGACACUGUACAGAUUUGUAAAUACUGUGUUCUCUGACAUAUGCAUGACUUUGUGCUUUUAAUGCAUUCUAGAAUAUGAAAUAACCUAGAAUUUCUGUUGUAAACUAUUUUUUUACGCAGCAAUGUUUUUAAAAAACAAUGGAUUUAGCACUAAGGAACUUUAUGGAGACUUAAUUCGACUAAAAUGUACCAUGCGUAAUCUUGUGGAAAUAUGCUGAAAAAUAAACACAGGAACAUUCAUUAAAAUAUUGUUUAACUGAAUGGUACAAAUAUGUGUUGCAGUUCUGUGUAGCAUCAUUCAAAAUGAACAGUCAGUACUGUUUGGCUCAGGAACUGAACUGUAAAAAUGAGACUCAAAAUAUAAUUACAAACAUAAACUGUACAGGGAUUUAUUUGAGACAUAGAAAUCAGUUGUUAUUCAUGAACCAGAAGAAAGUGCACAUUAAUGUAGUGCUUUGGAGGUAUUUAAAUAAAAGUCAAGUUACAGAAAAGGGAAAGAAAAUGGCUGUGUCUGUUCUUGUGCGAAUCAUCCAGUUUACCCACACGUUUCUGAAGAAAAUAUAAGUCUGUCACUUGGAUAAUUCUUGUAGAAGACAUUCUGAUAUUAAAAAAUUCGCUGAAAAGCAUUCAGCUUCGACUGCCAACCCUUUUCGGCUCAGAAGAACAUCUACUCCUGUCCAGCAGUAUCUGCUUGUACUCGCAAUUUUUAUUUGAACAGAAUGAUGCACAGAGUUUGGGAAAAUGAACAAAAAGAUGAUCAGCAAAUGAUACACUGGAUUUUUGUGUGUGAAUCUUGGCUAAUCAAAGAGGGAAGAGAUGGAGAAAAAGCAAUACAGCACAGUUAAUGCAAAAUCAGAAGAAGGUAAUACCAAAAUACAGGGGUGAAUUUCCCUGUAAAGGUAGUUAGACCUGAAAGUGCUGGGCGUGGGUUGAAGUUAGGAAGGGAAAAAAUGGAGGAGGAAAUAUCAGAUGUGACAUUUCUGAAGAUAUGUGCUCAUUAAGAGUUCAUUGGGUUGUCCUAUGAUGAAAAGCAUGUAUUGUCCUCUUGCAGGGAAGCCACAUCUUACAACAGGCUGUCCAGAGUCAACUCACAGGCAUUAAGACUGUUAUUUUCUACCUUUUUCCUCUUUUUCUUUGUUGACCUUCCUAUUAACUGGGCUAGGAGUUCAUUUCCUGCUGUAUCUGGCACUAUCCUCUGUGACUUUGCUACCAGUUGGGACGAGAAGUGACCAUGAGUGGUGUGACGUCAAAGCUGCUGAGAGUCUUCACAACAGCCAGCCUUUCUCUUGGCAGUGUUUUGGGGUUUGAGCCCUUGAAACCAACAGAUGUUUGCUCCCCUUUAUACAACAACAUUGCAAUCACAAAAUAACGAUGUUCAGUAUUUCAACCUGAAACCCUCUCCUUUAUCUCCGUGGCUGUCAUUGCAUUUGCCAGCUAGGUGAUAAGAUAUGGUUUAUUGCAUACUGUACUUCAAAAGUUAUUAUGUUGAGGAUUUGCUGCCACAGGCAUAAAGACAGCAUAGAUUGAUUUUUUUUUCGGUGAAAAGAAUUCAUUGUUUUUUAUAUAUCUAGUAAUUUCUAAUGUUAAGAUAUAAAACAAUACUAGCUGUGAAAGAUCAUCAGAUAUAGCCAUGAAUGACCAUUUUAAUAAUUAGUCAUAGCAAGAAAUGUUUCAGUAAUUGUAAGACACUUCAAACUACAGGGUUGCCACCACUUCAGGAUGAUACACAAAUGUCUAAUGCCUUCUCAGGUAAGUGAUAAUAAGAAUAGGAUAAAAGCAGAAAGCCCCUUUUUUUUUCUCAGUAAAGUCAGUAGUCACAUAAUGCUACAGCUCUGACUCCUGUAUUUCCAUUUGAAAGUAACAAAGUUCCAUUACUUUGCAGAAGCAAUCAGUAAAAAAGCAUAUUUGUUACUUCACUCUGCUUAAGAGGUCUGCCCAAAAGCUACAUCAAAAGGAAGAAAAAGUUAAAAAUAAUCAAAGAAAAUUUAGUUUUUUUCUACCAACAAAAAAGUUAGCAUUUAUAAACUUUAAAAAAAAAUGCAGAAGAACUCUCUACAGAAUUCAGUUUCCAUAUAUCAUCAGUACUCUAAGGGGAGAGAAAAGGGGUAGGAGGAGAGAUGGGUGUCUAAACCACAGAAUAUUUCCUUGCCAAAAAUAAAUAAAUAAAAAACUAUCUAUUUAUUUUAAUAUUUUUUUCUAAGCACUGAAGAGGACUUAAGAUACAAAACGUUGGUUUGCUGGGGUGCGUAACCCAACUUACUUUGGCUAUUUCUUACUCAACUUCUUCUUCUUUUUUUUUUUUGUAUAGCUUAAACUCUCCACACUGGGUCAUUCAAGUCUUGAGUCACCAGAAAAAAGAAGUUGCUGUUUAAAGUAUGGCAGACAACCAAAAGUUCAGACAGCUGCAAUGAAGGAUUAGUUGUGGGUUUUUCUCACUGCCUUGCUACAAACUGCAUCACAGCUCUAUGUUCAAACAUUAUUAAAUGGGAAUGUUUUCUCUGGCACCAACUACUUCUCCCCACAGUUUAAGUAUUGAUUUUUUUAAACUGAAGUAGCUUUGGUUUACAGCUCACAUUAGAACUUAAAAACAUAUUUCCAUAGUAGCUGGCAUAUGCAGGCAACUGUUUAUUCUCAGUACCAGCCAUAAUAAACACUUGUACUUUUAUAAUCCAACAAAUCUUUGUCUAAUCACAACUUCGUUUUCAGAGCUGUAAAAUUUGCAUGCUAUUUAAACCAUUUUUAAGGAAGACUCUUUAGAAAAUGAAAGAUUUUCUCAGUCUGCCUUCACUAUUCGUAUAGACCAAUAAUUAACCGUAAAGAAAGUGGUGAGAUAUGAUAGGUAUGAAUUGUGACAAUAUAUUGAGAAAAACCUUUGUAAAGCAGGACAUGCUAAUUUAUUUUCAUUGGAAUAGAUUGUUUUUAGAGGCAAAUCUUUAAUGCGAUCUAGAACUUAUUCUGGUAAGUAUGAAAAAAACCAAAUCCUUGGUUGGAUGAGAUGGGUUUUUCACUUGAACUGAAGACAGUUCAACUAAUUUUUAAGUUUACAUUUUAGUAUUCCAAAAUGGUAAAGCUCUGGAAAAUGGAGCAAUUUGAAUUCUCUUUUGGCUCAUGCAUUGUCAGCAGAAUUAAUGAAGUCCUGCUUGCAGAAUCAUUACUGUGAAUGAAAGAGCCCAGCAUGAUAUUUGAAUUCCUGUGGAAUUUGUCAAAAUUGAACAUUCUAAAGGUAUUUUGUUAUUCAAAGCUGACUAUUGGAUAUGGGAGUCACCAAGACACAGCAAGUAUGGAGUCCAUGAUGGCCUUGUGCUGGCCAUCUGCCAGAAGAUGCACUUCAUCCACCAGUCACGUAUAAUUGCUGACUGAGUUACACGAUUACACGCUCAAUACAUGGUAAAAUUAUUAUGGACUUGAUUGUGGGCAGCAAAGGAGGAUAAGAGGCCAACAGCAGCUAUAGAAACAGCUAACUUUGUUAUCACAAAUGUGAGAAAUUAUCGAAAAGAGUAAUGCUCCUGCUCCACAACAAGCAGUACUACCAGUAAAGUUGAUAGGAGUUUCAUCUCCAGGGUCAGCAGACGCAUGGUACCAAUGCUGCAUCCAGUCACAAAAACGUGAUGUCUUCAACAGAAUGAUGGCUCCAGUGUCACAUCAUAGACCUUGUCAAAAUAAAAAAGCAGAUGAAAUGUAAAUAUCCUCCCCGGUUAUGCAGAAGCUGCUAACAUCGGAGGUUGGCAACUCACAACAGCAAGAAUUUGGGGUGGCAGAAGGGAGGAAAGAAACGUGCUCCUGCAGACUCCCAAGAAGAGCUGGCAGGAUCAGAGAAGUGGAGGAAAAGACACUAAUUUAUUGCAGUCACAUGUAAAUGUUGGCAUUUAACAAUAGCAGCAGCAAAAGAAAAAUCAGUUAAAAGAACCUGAGAAUGCUGAAAAAAGCCACAAUAAAUACUGAAUAACUGGAAGAGGAGCUAUUUCUCAUUAGAAAAGAACAAGGGUUUGAGAACUACUUGUACUUAUUAAGAUUGAACUGGCUUGGGACCAUAUGGAGUGGAAAUUAAGAAAGCCAGAAAAAAUCCAGACGCUUGAACAAUGUGAGAAAGUGCCAUUUUAGAAGGCCACAAGAAUAUUAGUUGCCUCCUCAAGUUAAAUGGAAUGGUAAAGCAUAUCAGACUUUAUGUAGGCUUAAGAAAAAUACAUUUUAGUACAUCACAGACGUUUUAGUAAAUCAUGAUAUUCCCAUCGAAGAAUGCUCAAUGGCAAGGGAUUUCAGCUUUAAGCUUGAGAGCUGAGGAAAUGACUGAACAUGAAAAGAGAUCAUCUAAGGAAGCCCUAAAUACAGCAUCACAAGAUUACAAGAAAAUUGAUAACACCUGAGGGACUUGCAAUGGUUAAAUAACAGUUUGACAAAAAGGAAAAGCUAGGGCUCAUAGGCACUAAAUGUAUCCCCAGUGUAAACCAUUGAAGUCAAAUGAAUCACUAAACAGGUUAAUUCUAGUGCUUGGUGUUUUACAGUUAGAACAAAAAUAUUAAGAUCAUUUACCAUGCAUGGUGUAUGUAUUUUUUUUACUAUUAAACUCUGUUACUGUCAGUUAGCGUUGGAGUGGGGAAGGGAGUUGUUUUACUGGAAAGAUGUAAUUCUGCACAGCAAAGCAAAGGGAUCUUGUAACUGUCCUGUUGUCUCAGAUCUUCUGCUGUGUAUUCCACUUGCUUCAUUAAAAAUAAAAGUCUGUUUAGAAGCUUUCUGAAAACAUGGUAUUUCCACACAAGGUACAUAGUGAUGGAAGACCUCAGACUCUCAGGCCUAGCAAUGUAAAUUGCAGGUACUUCUCUUGAAAGUCGUUAGUGUACUUUGGUAUUGCACUGUGUAUUACAGGUACUACCAUGCAAUACCAAGGUACCCUAAAGACACUCAAGACCACAGAAACAAAGAGUUAGAGCAGAGCUCCCAAGUCAGUUUGUUAAAAAAGAAAAAAAUUAAAUAUAGAUGUUAUUUAAAAAAGCAAUAUAGAUGGAUAUAUCUGCCUCGACCAGCUCCAUGUUCUCUAGUGUCUGGAUAUCUGGAUUCAAAAAGCUAGUGUGUCUAAGAUGAAGCUAUGUGGGCAAAUGAUUUUAACUUCAGUAGUACAGUUCCUGAGAAGGAAAUCUGGAGCUGUUCCACACAGGUUGGAAAGCAGAGAGAGAAAAGAGGCCUCCAGAGCAGUAACCUUUCUUCUGAAAGGUUUAUUCUCCUCAAACAAGAAAACUAGAGAAAUUCCUGUUCUGCUCUGCACUGGUGUGGCCUCACUUUGAGCUGUGCACGCAGUUUUGUGCGCUACAAUAUAAGGAAGACAUUAAAAGGUUAAAGAUCAUCCAAAGGAGGGCUACAAAGAUGGUGAAGGGUCUGGAGGGAAAGAACUGACAACCAAUUCUCUAAAGUUCUAGUCCACACAGUGGCCUUUCUGGAAAAGCAGGAGCCAAAGGGAGAAAAGAAGCUGAGAAGCAGCUGAGAGCGGACAUCUUCCCUCUCUUAGUCCAUUGGACAGCUUAAUAAUCACUGUUACCUCCUGCACCUAUACAAAGCAUGAAAGCAAAACACUGGAAGCACCCAGAAAAAAGAGGCACAUUGGGAUCGCCUGGUACCAUGUUACCAUAGCCACAGCAAGCUGUCAUCAGAAACACCACAACACGACUGCCUUAGUUUUCCUUAGCUCAACGACAUUCUGAAGGAUUGCUCGGCACACUGUUUGCAAUUCAGUUACUGCACAGUUGGGGCAUUAAGGAAAGGUUCUGCACCAGAGUGGUGGGCAUGAAACAGGCUGCCCACAGCCGUAGGCACGACCCCAAGUGCUGGAGUUCAGGGAGCAUUUGGACAGUGCUCUCAGACAUGGAAUUUGGAUUUUGGGUAGUCCUGUGUGGAGCCAGGGGUUGGUCGCUGUGAUCCUUGUGGGUCAGGGUAUUCUGUGAUUCAAGCAACAAAUUGGAGAAGUUACCCCAGCAGGGUAUUAAAACACACAUAUUUCAAGUGGUUUAAAUUAAUUAACUGCUUUUAAGUUUUAAAGGCAGAGUUAAAUAAUUACAUAAAAUAAUAACACGAUAUAACAAAUGAUAUAACAAACUUGUGUGUAACAGGAAGUGUAAGAAAAUCAGAUACUUCCUCUGUAAACAGUAAGCUAGAACGUGGUCUUACAGCUACAAGUGAAGCUAGGUGAAUUUCCUGAAGUUAAAAGGGUCUUAACAGAUUUUCACUUUGAGAAUAAAAUGAUCUGCCCAUUGACUUCAACAAAUUAAUUGUUGAAGGUUGACACAUGAGGGGAAGAUGCCAUCCAGAAUGACCUUAAAAUGCUCAAGAGGUGGGCCUGUACUAACCUCAACAAGUUCAACAAGGCCAACUGCAAAGCCCUGCAGCUGGGUAGGAGUAAUCCCACACACAAAUACUGGCUAGGAGAAUGGACUGAGAGCAGCCCUGAGGAGAAGGACUUGGAGGUGCUGGUUGAUGAGAAGCUCAACACGAGCUGGCAAUGCGCACAUGCAGCCCAGAAAGACAACUGUAUCCUGGGCUGGAUCAAAAGUAGUGUGAGCGGCAGGGCAAGAGAGAUUAUUGUCUCCCUCUGCUCUGCUCUUGUGUGGCCCCACCUGAAUGCAGUACUGCAUUCAGCUCUGGGUCCCCAGCACGAGAAGGACAUGGAGCUGUUGAAGCAG